UCUACGUUCUCGAAUAGUUUCCAUUCAUUAUCUUUUGCCGGUCUUCAUAAAUUCAUUUUGACCUUCUGGGAUAUGUAAAUCAUGAAUCUGUUGUAUCUUGAACUCAUAUUUAAAUUCAAAAUUUGGAAAAUAUUUUCAAUUUAGGAGAAAUGCAUUUUGAUGGGAGCUCAUCUCGUUGCAAUAGAAAAUGGAGAGGAAGAAAACUGGAUCCAAAACGAAGGUGUUGGGGAUAAAUGGUGGACGGCAGGAACCGAUGUUGACUCGGAAGGUUCCUGGUAUUGGGCACAUUCUAACAACACGAUGAACUAUACAAACUGGUCAGCAUAUCAACCUAAUGGAGGAUCGCACGAAAACUGUGCUGCCACAGACGGUGGAAAACUCCAUGACUAUCAGUGCUCUGCAGAACUUUAUUUCAUUUGUGAAAAAUAACUGCUUGAAAUAUGAAAAUUUGCCGUUCAAUUUUGUAUUCUUUAUUGGAUUCACGACCUUUCCUCAUUGUAUUCAUUUUGAUUUCUAUUGUCAUAUAGCAAAUACUAAUAUUAUAACAUUCAAAUUCCUUGAUUGCAGUUGAUCAC